UUCUUCAUUAUUCACACUUGAAAUUCAAAUUACAAUUUCAAAACCCUAGAUCCCCAAAUUUUCUAUUUCGUUUUCUCAAAUUUUCUCUUGAAAAUGUCAGGGCGUGGAAAGGGAGGUAAGGGACUCGGAAAGGGAGGUGCAAAGAGGCAUAGGAAGGUUCUUCGUGACAACAUCCAGGGUAUCACCAAGCCUGCUAUUCGUCGAUUGGCAAGAAGAGGUGGUGUUAAGAGAAUCAGUGGAUUGAUCUAUGAAGAAACCAGAGGUGUCUUGAAGAUCUUCUUGGAAAAUGUGAUCCGUGAUGCAGUUACAUACACUGAGCACGCAAGGAGGAAGACUGUGACAGCCAUGGAUGUUGUCUAUGCUUUGAAGAGACAAGGAAGAACCCUCUAUGGUUUUGGAGGUUGAUGAAGAAAAACAAGAAGCCCUCUUAUGUGUAUUAUGCUUUUAACUUUGUUAUUAGAACAUGUAAUUGUUCUUUAAAAUGCUUAUUUAGAUUGUUCCUUUGUAAGUUUCAACAAGAUUUGAAUCUAAUGAAGUAAUUAUUUCUGGUGAA